CCGGCUGCUCCUCUGCUCCGGGAGGCUGGGCUCAGCGAGGCUCUGCAGCCCGCAGCCCGCAGCCCGCACGCCGGCGCGGGGGCAGAGGCGGCCGCUGGAGAGGUUGCCGGGCGUCGGCGCGGCGCGGCUCCCGGUCUGGCCAUGGCGAGGAGCACGCGGCGGUCGCCAGGGUGGCGAGGCGACGUCAGGUUCUUAAUCAAAAGCCAAGUCAAUGGACCCAGGGUGGGUGUGCCCCUCAGGCUGUGAGCAGCGUGCUGUCCCAUAGAAGGUCCCUCUGGCCAGCAUCCUGUUGCCUUACGGAGCAAGCAAAGAGGAUGGACGGAGUGAAGAGCCGUCUGCCUGCGUGCUUUCUGCCUUCUGUGCCCUUUUUAAUCCUAGUGUCCACUCUCGCAACUGCUAGGAGUGUGGCCAACAGCACUUUAAAUGGCACUGACGUGGUCGUGGGCUCUGCGCCGGUGGUCAUUGCCAGAACUGACCAUAUCAUCGUCAAGGAAGGGAACAGUGCCUUGAUUAACUGCAGUGUUUAUGGCGUCCCUGAACCCCAGUUCAAGUGGUAUAAUUCCAUGGGCAAGCUGCUGAAAGAAGAGGUGGAGGAGAGAGGAGCAGGAAAGUGGCAGAUGCUGGACGGCCUCCUGAACAUCACCAGGGUGUCCUUCUCAGACCGAGGUAAAUACACGUGCGUGGCCUCCAACGUACACGGCUCCGUGAACAACACGGUGACGCUGCGGGUGGUCUGCACAUCGGGGGACAUGGGCGUGUACUACAUGGUGGUAUGCCUCGUGGCCUUCGCCGUGGUCCUGGUCCUCAAUGUCACCCGCCUCUGCAUGAUGAGCAGCCAUCUGAAGAAGACCGAGAAGGCCAUCAAUGAGUUCUUCCGUACCGAGGGUGCCGAGAAGCUUCAGAAGGCCUUCGAGAUUGCCAAGCGCAUCCCCAUCAUCACCUCCGCCAAGACGCUGGAGCUGGCCAAGGUCACCCAGUUCAAGACCAUGGAAUUCGCCCGCUACAUCGAGGAGCUGGCCCGCAGCGUGCCGCUGCCGCCGCUCAUCAUGAACUGCAGGACCAUCGUGGAGGAGCUCAUGGAGGUGGUGGGGCUGGAGGAGCAGGCCCAGAACUUCGUGCGCCAGGCGCCGGAGGGUCAGGAGGCUGCCGGAGAUGAGGUCUACACCAUCCCCGACGCCCUGCAGAGGAGCGACUCCCCCGCUGCAGACUCGGACGCCUCCUCACUGCACGAGCAGCCCCAGCAGAUUGCCAUCCAGGUGUCCGUGCACCCUCAGUCCAGGAGGGGGCCCACGGACGACCAGGACGGGGUGCCGCUCGAGGCCGGAGAUGGUGAGGAUAGUGAGCCGUCCGCCGGGCGCUCGCCAGAGUCUGCGGAGCCUUCCACCGACGUCACGUCCACGGCGCUGACCUCUGAAGAACCUACGCCGGUCGAGGUACCAGACCGCGCCCUGCCACCAGCUCUCCUGGAGACCUCAGAACCGGCCAGGGCGCCUGACGGAAAGGCCUGCGUCAUCUAUGAAAGCCAUGUGUAAUCGCCCCCUAAGCUAUGCACACCCGAGAAUCAGGGCUGCUCCUCCCAGCACAGAUGCAGUCGCUCUCGCCGCUAAGCCUUACCAGAAGACGCCCUUCCCAUAGGUAGGAGUGAGGCCGUCCGUGCGCGGCUGGCGUCUUCCCAGAAAGAGGAUGCGAGCCACAGGGUGCAGGUGUUGGGGGGGGCGGGCGUCUGCCCAGCGAUAGGAUUUCAGGGGCUCUCUUCUGCCAAAUACCUUAAUUGGUGAUGCCCUUUUGGCCAAGAGUCCCUGACUAAAAUACUCUUGAGUUCAAGAACCCUGUCCAGUGCACACCACGUUGCUUUUCCUUUUAGAAAUUAUAGCUCCGCUUUGGUAGCCACUGCACGUCUAUGGGUCUGUUGCACUUUCUUCUCAGUUUGUACCCCCUCUCUGUUCCUCUAUAACCAAGUGGUGGUUAUAAUGAUAGGAACGCUCAUCCUCCCGUCUGGUCUCGUCCCCCUUUGCUCCUUGGUCCUUAUUUCCACCGGGGCCUUGACCUCAGAGGCUGUGGUGUCCCGGCCGAAACCUACCAGGCGUCUGUUAUACUCCAGAGCAGUUGCCAGCCUCCUGAGUUCUGUCGUUUCCCAGGCCUGUCUUCGGACAGUGCUUUUUUUGUUUCCCAUGAAGCUGCUUUUGUGAAACUGAGAGAAAAAACCUUGCCCAGGGAUAGCACUUUAAUAGCCAAAUAAAAAUGUGUUUACCUGUCUGAUUCUGAGAGCCUUUUGCUGAGCUCAGCUGAGAUUGGAGGGAGACUGAAAACUUGAAUUUACCCCAGCUGUCCAGGAAAAGUGCUGUUUUUACGUUGAAGUGACGUCAUCCCCCACACAAGGUUGCUGCUGUUUGUUUCGCUCCCAAAGACAGAGGUGCCUGAUGAAUCUGUGUAGGUGUAGAACACGCGCCUCCUUUGGGGGCUGCCAGGUGACCUAAACACUUGGUUUGGGGCAGCACGUGUUCAGGUCCGUGGGGUUAACCUGGCCAGCCCACUUCUGGGAACUGCAGGGCUAACUUGUCCGUCCUUGAAGGGGAGAGUGAGAGGUAGAAUAAUGGCAUCAGGUUUCACGCCAAAAUUCUUCAGUUAAUGUUUGGUCCCAUAAGAAAGCAGUUAUGCAAGAGGCAGGUCGAUGACGUGGAGGAAGAGGGAAGUAGUCGUCCAAGGGCCAGCACUCACCUGUCAGAAGCACUGGCCAGACAGGCUCUGAGCACCCACUUAAAUGGUUCACUGGCCCACAGAACCAAGCCAAUACAGCCACCCUGCCCUUCUCUGCAGUGUCUCAAAAAACUCAUUAGGGCAGCACCUGCAGUUUAGAUGUAAUUGUGGGAAGAAUGAGAGGUAUGAUUUUGUUUCCAUUUAGGAGCAGGGGAGCCAUGACUUUGAAAUCUUGGUGAGGAUCAUGGCCACAUCAGGGGUUCUAUGGAGAUUACCUGGGCCACACUGAUCGUGAGAGAGCAGACCCAAUGAUUGUGGCUCACUCUCACUAUGAAUAAUUGACCUUAGACACCUCCCUUGGUUUAACCUUUCUCAUCCACAGACAUGGAGGUGCUGCUCGAUGUCUGGCUCAGAUACCUAUAGUUUUAUGGAAAGUUUGCCGUCUCCCAUGAGGUCUCCCAGCAGUAUUGGGAGCAAAAAUGUACAUGUGACCUUAGAUGCUCUUGCUGCUGACCUUUCCAGCAGGUGUAUCUGGCCCUGUACCUGAAGGCAGAGGGUCUGGCUUCAGGGGUGUCUCUCUUGAUAGAUAAUGGUGUGGGAGGCAGUCUGACAAGACAAAGACUUGGAUGGGAUCCCUCUUGGCCACAAUGACCCGUUGCCAUCAGUUAGGGGUGUCAGGUGGUCACUGAAAAGUGAGUCAGGAGCCAUCAAGAGAAUCCUUGACCCCCACUGGGUCGCUCUGGGCCAGAGUUUUCUGUAUGUGUGUUGCAGAAAAGUUUUAUCUCCAACUCUCAGAGUAUAAACAUUCACCAUGUGUUGUGGAGGUCAGCAGAUUCUGACCAUGGAUCUGUUCACCCAGAGCAGCCACAGGAGCUCCCAAGUCCAUGUUGUUACACUGCAUGAACUUCUCCCACUCUGUCCAGUUCUUGCUCCACCAAAGCCCAUGUGCAGAUUCCCACCCAGAAAUUACAGGGAAGCGUGUCUCCCCCCAUUGAGACCCAGAUGAGGGUGGAAAGUUAAAAGUUCAGAUUUUUUAUGAAGUGGGAGCAGAGAUGUGUGACCAAAGAAUGUUUUCAGGUUGGUUUUCACUUCUUUCCUCUGGGGAGAUUAUCUAGAUUUUCAACAUGUUCCCCCUCUUUCAGGCAUCAGAAAGCUCUUGAUAGAAUAAUAGCCAACCAAAGAGGGGGCUGGCUGGCCAUGAAGAGCCCUCCAUCCAGAAAGGUUCCCCUGUCCUGUCCGUGCUGUAGCUUCUUUACAAAAUGAGCAAGGCAUCGCUACUAGAACAGGGAAGGUAGAUGACCUUGUGACUUUCAGCUGGCUUUUCAAAGAUAAAUUAAAUCGUUCAACUCUAUAGAGAUUCCUAGAAGUAUGGUUGCAUGUGAGAGAGAGCCUGCAUGCAUGUGUGUGCGCACGACACACACACGUCAGAUGCAUUUGGGCAGUUUUCAAAGCUUAAUGCUAAAUCCCGAGCCAUGUCCCUUGGGUCUUAGCUCGUCAUUCUCAAAAGCAAGCAGUUCCUGGUUUCUGAGUCAUCUGGUCAUAUCUCUAGUGAUUUUUUUUUUCUUGAAAUUCUAGAACUGAUUCAGAUAUGUGUGCAUAUUUAAUAUUCCCUUAGAUGAUCUGUAAACUUGGACGGUAUUUAUUCUAAAUGGGGAAAAAAACAAUUUUAUACUGCAAAUCUAUGUAAUUUAUAAUGGUUUUGUUUUAUAUAUUAUAUUUUCAUAUCUUUAGGCACAUCUACUAGUCUCAUCUUUUUGUAUAUCAUACUUGACAAAAAAGAAACACUAAUACUUGACUAAACCUCUAGGAACCAAAUGUGAUACGUAUAACGUCUAGAAGGGGCUCUGAAAAUACCUGAGUGUCCUCCCCUAUCCUGAGCAUGAUUGCGCUGUGUCUUUGCACCCAGAGUUUCUGAUUGAUCACAGAUGCUGAUGAGGUUCCUUUUUUCAAAACCAGGGCCGAAAGACUUGAUGUCCCGCCCAGUGGCGGCUGGGAGCUUCCCUUUAUCUUUUUUACUCUGGGUUUCAUUUUUGUGGUUGGAGUCUGUGUGGUCCAAACUUCCCUUUGAAGGGCAAACGUGAGAUGAGAAAGCAACAUGCUAGGCAGACAGACUUGACUUGAGCAAUGGCCGUGUAAGUUUCACUGGACCCAUAAUGUUUCAAAUCUCGAACGUGGAUCAUUGUUUCUGGGUGAUCUCAGAUCUGUCUGGCUCUUUAGCUCAUGAAGAAAACAUGAGGUACAAUAGUGUUUGCAUGUUUUGAACUGACAGCCUCUAAAUGUAGUGCAGCCCACACAAACCAGCUCAACCCUAGAGAUACUGGUCCCAGCCAGCAAGGCAGAAUGUCAGUGUUGUGCCAGAACUGAAACACCUAACCACAGCCCCUGGCAUCCUGUGAACAGGGCUGCUCCCAGUGUCUCACUGGGGUAUUUACCUUCUGCUUGAGAUAUUCUCUUUUGUACUCAGCGCAGUCUGACGACCAUCCUAUACCUGUCUUCACACACCCUUUUUGCAGUCCCGUUAGAUCCUAAUCCUGGUGUCUGUUCUUUUGCAACUAAAUCGUUGGUACUCUUUAAAUAUCUACCAUUGUAUGUUCGCACACAUACUUUGAGCAUCUGUUACCUCCCAGGUAUUAGUCCUUUUUACAUUCACCUAUUCAUUUAAAAAUCCUUUAGUAGAUCACAGAGUUCAUUCCUCUAAUGGCCUUUAGGGUUUCUACAGUGAUUAAUCAGGUCUGAAUUAAACAAAUCAGUGAUAGGGAAGAAAAUCAAAACAAUUGCUGCUUAUGCUUUAUCUGAAGGACUGAGUGUUGGUCUGUUAUACCAGAAAAUAUCGUGUGAGGGUGAUAAUCUUUACUCGACAUUUUUUAGAGAUGUCAUUUUUAAGGGCACUAACGCUUAGAAUACCACAAUCAGUAUCGAAGCUCGUAGAGAAGGUAAAGACAGAAGACAGAUAGUUCUACGCAUAUUCUGGUGUAAGUCAUUUUUAUUUAACCAGCAAUGAAAACCUUCAAUGUAUCUCUUGGGCACCCUCUCGCUGCUCACCGUGAGUCAGGGUCACAGAAGAUGCUUGAUGUAUUGUACCUCUGGUCCUAGAUGUCCUUUGUUAAAACUGGAAAAUAAGACAGCAAAAUGUAUCUGGGUGGAAAUGCCAAACUGUUGAUUUGUGAACUAUAAAUGUUCACUUUUUAAAAAUAACUUAAAAGUGUAAACAAAUUACUAAUACUGAAGUGGAUAUAGCAGCAAAAAAAAAAAAAAAUGUGACCGACCCUGUAUUUUGGUUAUUGCUUUAAUAAAGGAUUUGCACAGG